AUGGCAAUGAACAAUAUGAAUCGAUUUUCUUCGGGAGAAAUUGAACAUGGCGUUGGUGAUGGUGCCAAACGCGAACCAGGUAUUGCCCCUUUCGUAACAAAAACAUAUGAUAUGGUAGAGGAUCCGAAUACAAACUCUAUAAUCUGUUGGAGUUCGUCUGGUUCUAGUUUCGUUAUUUCUGAUCAUAACAGAUUUAGUUUCGAACUUCUACCAAAAUAUUUCAAACAUACUAACAUGUCAAGCUUCGUCUAUCAACUCAAUAACUAUGGAUUCAAGAAGAUUGGACUCCAGAAAUGGGAGUAUGGACAUUAUUGGUUUCAAGCAGGGAAAAAACACUUGAUAUCUAACAUAAAAAGACGAACAAAAAUUCUAAAUGCUCGUAGAGAUUUUAAUCAAGAAAAUUAUUUUUACGGAGUAGGGGAAGAGAUCAGAAGCCAGAGAGAUCUCAACAUUACGUUGAAGUCAGAACUCGAGAAGUUGAAAGAGAGACAAGAUGAUAUGAUUAAGGGAAUCGCGUCUUUAAAGGAAUAUCUGGAGAGAUCAGAGGCAGAGUCAAGGAAAUUCCUCUGUUUUUUAGCAAAAGCAGUUAAACAAGUUGUUUCAACUAAACGUGGUACGAAACGUGAUGUAGAAGUUAGAGAUGUAAUUACGAGUAAACGUAGAGCUGAGGAUGUAACGAGGGAGUAGUAAGAGCUCGGAGAAGAAUUGAAGAUAGAAGAAUGAAGCUAUAACAUCUAGUAUUUCCAUUCUUGAGAGUCUCUUACUUUUUUUUGUUUUAUUCUCACUUUUGUUGCUUGAUUUUCCCCGAAUCAUUACACUGGAUAUGUU